AUGUGUUUAGCAGUCUUCCGCUGUGCCGAGUAUCGUUUUAGUUUGUCCGCGGUCCUGGCCAGAAGCGAACUUCAGUUUUUAUUCUUGUUCUUUCUUUCUUUUUUUCUUUCUUGUUUUUUCCUUCCGUUUUUCCUUCUUUCUUUCUUUCUUUCUUUCUUUCUUUUUUUUUUUUUUUCCUUCCUUCUUUCGCUUUCUUUCUUUCGCUUUCUUUAUCUCUUUCUUGUUCUUUCCUUCCAUUAUUCUCUUUCUUUCUUUCUUUCUUUCUUUCUUUCUUAUAUCUUUUUCCAUUUUUUUAUCCUCUCAAAGAUUUUUAUUUUUACAAUGUUCCUUUUAUUCGUUCUUUUAAAUCUUUAUUCUGUCCCUUUUUCCAGAAAAAACGCAAUUAAAAAAAAAAUGGCUCCCCGUACCAAACUCGUUUCUUUUUCUGUUCAACAACAUGAAAUAAUUCUUUCAUACAUUUCUCAAAGAUCUUUGCAAUCAGCGCCCACCACUAAAAUUUACAGUUAUUUCUCCUUCUCUUUCUUUCUUUCUCUCUCCCCCUUCCUCCCUCUCACUCUCUCUCCCUUUCUCUCUCUCGCAAUUCUUUCUUUUUCCUCUCUCUUUCUCAGUCUCUCUCUCUCUAUCACUUUCUAUGCGUAUAUGUCUUACAACCUCUUUCUUUUUUCAUUCUACAUAUUCUUUUCUUCUCUCUCUCUCUCUCUCUCACUAUCUCUUCAUCUUUCUUUCAGUCUCUCUCCCCAGUUUCUAUCUCAAUUUUUCUGUCGCUCUCAGUCUCUUUCACAAUCUCUCUCUCUCUCUCUUUCUCUCGGUCUCGCUCUCACAAUCUCUGUCAAUAAAUCUCUUUCUCAGUCUCUCUCUCUCACGCACAUUAUCACUCUCUCUAUAUAUCUUUUUCUAUGCGUGUAUGCCUUACAACUUCUUUCUUGCUUUCUCUCUCACUAUCAUUUUUUCUCUCAGUCACUCUCACCCAAUCUCUAUCUCAAUUUCUCUCUCUUUCUAAGUUUCUCUCUCUUUCUCGCUCUCCUCAAUCUCUCUAUCUAUCUCUCUCUCUCUCUCUCUCUCAGUCUCUCUCUUACAGUCUCUAUCUCUCUUUAUCUCUUUCUAUGCGUGUAUAUCUUUCAACCUCUUUCUUUCUUUCUUUCUUUCUUUCUUUCUUUCUUUCUUUCUACAUGGUCUUUUCCCGGAUCUCUCUCACUGUCGUUCUCACCCUGUCUCUCUUUCUCCAAAUCUUUCUCUCCCUCUCUCAAUUUCUCUUUCUGUGCGUGUGUGUCUUUUACUGCCCUACUUUCUUUCUUUCUUUCUUUCUUUCUUUCUUUCUUUCUUUCUUCUAUUUUUUUCGCUAUCUUUCUCUACGGAUUUCCAUAUUUCCAUCUAUAUUUCUCCCAAUUCCUCUCUUACAAUUUUUUUACUAUCACCGCCUAUUUAUGUAUAUUGGGCAACUCUCUCCCUCUCUUUGUUUUCUUUCUCUCUCUCACUCAUUCAUUUACACACACACACACACACGCACGCACGCACCUACACUGA